AUGAUGGACCUUGACGAUUCGGAUUUUUAUGGCGAAGAGGACCUGAAGCAACAUCUUGAUCAUCGGGUUGACGACUUCAACGUCGACCAGUGGGCUCGUGCCCAGAGCAUCAACCCCGGACAUCCGCAGCCGCAGACAAACUUCGCCGAACACGCUGCCCGCCUUCACAAUCCGUAUGCCGGCGUGUCCUACGCAUGGCAGUUGACUGAGACGGUCGACGACUUCUUGGCCCGGCUGCCUCCGGCCACGACCGUCCAGGGCGAAACCCUUCCCUGGAUAUUUAUCUGCAACCCGUACAUACCACGGCUCCAGAGGCGCCACAGCGAUGGCGGCUGCCUCAAGGCAAACGAGGACGAGGCUCCGGUCGAGGAGAACAGUCAGCUACAGAUGGUAGUCCAAGGCGGCAUGGAGAGGCUCGAGCUCGUGUCGAACUUGCGAGAAAGGAUGGAGCAGGUAGGCAAAAGCCAGACGGUCAUCAGAAAGGAGAUGAUCAAGGAGGCGAAGCAAGCUACACUGGAUAUUUUGAACCUGGCCCACGCAGCAAAGGUUGGCACGGGCAAGUGGCUGUUGUUUUGCCAGCCUGCAGACGUCAACGAGAUCUGGGAGCUGGUGGCAAAGGCUACUGCCAACAACGAGCUCGGCAUUGCCGCCAAAGUCGCCCCGCGCUCGCCGGACCAGGACCAGAGAAAAGACCGCCUCGUCUGCGUCUACACGGCCGACUUCCACGACAAGGCCGACGUUGGCCGCGUUCUGCAGAGACUGAGGGAGCUGAGGCUGGUGGAGUCCAGGGCUCGGCCCAUCUACUACAAGCCAGAUAUUUUCACGUACAUUGGCAUUUCCCAGGGAAAUCCCUGGGGCCUCAGCGCCUCCAUCUAUACUUCCCGAGAUGUCUUUUGA